UCCAAAAAGAAUUUAUUAUUACGAAUCGAUUCAGAAAAAUGUUCAAAUGGUGGCAUUUCAUCUUGUGCCAUUUUCUUUCUUCCUGUAAAAACAACCACUCAACUUGCGCACUCGAAUACAAGGCCACCGCCAUCUUGAAUAUAACUACGCCGAAUCAUUGCUUCAAUAGCGUCACCCCUCUAGUGAUCAUUGCUAUUUAGGCAUGAUCAUUAUGUUUUUUGUUACGAAUAUUUCGAAGAUUUUAUGCACGUAUGGUCAACUAUGAAUCUUGGAGGCUGAUACACGGUGUCUUUUAUCGGGAGUAAUACUCCUUUUCACUGAUACGGCAUGUACUAGGACUUCUAUCGAGCUGUGAGAUCGAUUGUUUUGUGUUGUAAGACGUGUGUGUCGGGUCGGUGCAGCCGACUCUGUCGGUGGAUUCCCCGAAUAUUGAGGAUUUUCCCUGCGUUUGACCACCUUUCUAGGGUACUGCUGAGUGCGCGGUGGUGGCGGAGUUAUUGUUUAUGUUUAUAUUCAGCGCGUUGUGCAUAAAUCAUCGAUAUUUAUCAAUGUAUUGACGAAAAAUGGCAAAAAUAUUAAACAAAGACCCGUUCACUUAUCAACAAGAGAAGGAUGAAUUCUUGACUACUCUCAAACAGUUUCAUCGCAGUAGAGGGACUCCUAUUGGAAAAACUCCUGUUGUUGGUGGAAAGGAGGUCGACUUGUAUUUGUUGUAUCGACAAGUGAUCAAGUUAGGUGGAUGGCGAAAGAUAAAUGACGAGCAGAUUUGGGAAAAUUUUUUGUGCGACUUCAAGAUUCCUGGAGGAUGUAGCAAUGGCACCCAGGCACUGAAGUUUAUUUAUGUCAGGUACCUUGAUGCCUAUGAGAAAGUAUAUUUCCAUGGAGCCGAUCCGAACCAUAGAGGCGACGAGGAAGACUCGGAGGGUCCCCUGCGUAAGAAGGCCUGUCUCCCGCUGUACGGCAUUCCACACUCCUACAACUAUGAUCAACACAAAGUCUCGGAUCAUGGUAGGACUGUGGUGGGAAUGUCUACAGAUUUUGUGAAGAACAAUGAAUUCAACAAACUGGAGAGAGCUUUAUUAUCAGGCCUCCCCAAUGAGGUGGACUUUGCUAUCAAUGUGUGUACUCUCCUGUCAAGUGAAAGCAGACAUAGUCUACUCCUGAGAAAGGCCCAGAACUUGCUCCAGCUUCUCAUGGCUCAUAUAGGAAUCUUCUCUGAUGAUCACGGGACAUAUGAAGAUGUGUACGAGUUGGAAUGGAAGAAACUUUCUAAAAAGAAUUUCAUCCAUUUUUGGUUAGAAACUGUCAAAGAUGAGAAUAUUCGUGGUUUAGUUCACACUAACCGAGGAUAUGCAAAGAAAAUUCUGUUAGGUCAUGAAUUAUUAAACCUUGGUCAGGAAGCGGGGAUCCAUGAUCAGGAGGGUCAAAGGGUUAUGCAGCUGGCUGUCAUAAUCAGGAAUCUUUCUUUUGAGGAAGAAAACAUGAAGUUUAUGUCUGAAAAUGAUUUAGUGUUCAGAUUUCUUAUGCUGUGUAUACACAGCUCAUACGGGUCGCUACGACAACUUGCUUUAGAUUCUCUGGGUAACAUGGCAGAAAAGUUUGUGCUUACAACAGACGAUCACUCACAUCUGGUGCUUCAAAUUCUAAAGCAGUGUUUGUCAUCGGAUGACAAAUACGAGGUGGUGAGAGGUUUCGAAAUUUUAAGCAAGCUUUGCCUGUUGGAUGAAAAUGAAGAUAUGCUGACAGACAGUCUAGAUGAGAAUUUGUAUGGUGACAUAGUACGCCUGCUGAAUGUGUUUGAUAUCCAGAUUAUUGUAUACAGCCUGGAGGCUUUGUAUCAACUCUCAGAGCUGGGGGAACACACCACAACCAAGAUUGCUGCUGUAAAGCAUGCUGUGGAUUUACUGGUCUCACUGUUGACAAUAGAAGCUCAGUCUUAUGGAGCCAAUUCUCUUGUGGGCAUUAAGGUAGUGGAAUAUUGUCCCCCAGUACACAUGAUGCCAGGGGUCAAUGCUGACCAAGGCCAGGCUUCAGCAAUGCCAGCCCCUUCUGGUCACCCUGUGUCCCAGCCACUCCCACCCUCUCAUAAAACUGCUCAGCAGCAGAUGAGUACCACUGGUUGUGAUGUAGAGACAACCACCUAUCAGUGGUUACAGUCCACUUUUGAGCUAAAGGAUGGGUUGUCCAUGCCACAUGUUCACAUGUAUGCAGAGUAUCUCAAUUUUGCCAAGAAGUUUGCACUGCCCCAGAUCCUGUCUUCUAAUGCCUUUGCCAGCUGUGUCAAGGUUGUGUAUCCCAACCUUGAGCAGUACAGUAUAGAGAAAGCUGAAGGGGUAUCAGAAGCCGGAUUUAAAGGAAUCUGUAAACGGAAAACACCUUUACCUUUUGCCAUACCAUCAACAGUCAUUAAAAAUCGUCUUAGUAGUGUUUCCCAUUGUCCAUCUCCUGUUGUCAUGGCCAAUCAGAAUCCAUCACAAACUCCAACACUUCGCCAGAGGUUAAUGGAACCACCACGGUUAUCUUCCUUACAAGCCUCUCCUCUCCUUCCUCUAGGUGGCGCUGUUUCCACAACAAAUCAGCAACAAAGUGCAAUAUACACUGCAUCCAAACCACAGACUCAAACCAGCAGUUCCAAUAGCAAGUCUGCACAAAACCAACAAAGUAUUAUGUCUGUGGGAAAAUUGUCACAACUCAAAACACAGCAAGCUCUUAAGCAACAUUUGAAUCAGGCCUCCCCCUCUCUAAUGCCUGUUCUUCCCCAGCAGACCGGCCCACCAACUAAUCUACAGGCAUUUGAUACUUCCUCCAAUGACACACAAAAAAUCAAGAGUAUGUUGGCCAGGAAAUUAAAAGUUCAACAAUCCUCUCCAAUCCCAAUAGCUCCAAAGCAGACAGCACAACCAAUACAGGCAGUGGUGGACCCUAAUAAUCCAAUGCACUUGCUGACAUUCACUACACAACAGAGCACAAACAUCCAAGGUCAGUUGCAGCAGGCUUUUGUCCCUGUCGUCCAGGAUGCAACAGCAUACGCAAUGACUGGUAACUACUUUGACCAAAGUAACAUUGGACAAGCUGUUCAAAUUCAGGGUGUGCAGUCAAUCAUGGAUGGAACACAACAAAUAGUAAUUCCACAAGCUACAGUAACUAGUCAGCCUUCCCUCCAAACAGGAUCUCCAGUAUCAGACAAAAGUAAAGGUGCAUCCAAAAAUAGUGCUAGUCGUAACAGUUCUAAGUCAUCUCGAUCAUCUUCACCCAAAGGAACAUCCCCAAAACGCAAACCAUCAUCUUCAUCCAGGUCCAGCUCUCCUCGAAACUACGAUUUAGAUGUAUGUGGAGAGGUAGAAAGAGCCAAAGAUUUUGUGAAAGUUGGACUUGAAGCACGUAUAGAACGUGUGGAAAAUAAUACUUUGAAACAAAUCCAGUCUGUAAAUACAUGUUGUACUACACCGUCCACCUCUCAUCUUAUCACUUCAUCCAUCACCUCUCCAAUCCCAGUGACGCCGGGAUACCCAGUGGUGGGCAGUACCAACACUGGUCUCACUGGGGACAUAGCUGCAUCCGCUGCCUUACCUAGCCAAACAAUUGCUGAUAGCAACACAGGGCUGACUAUCCACAGUCAGACAAACUGUGCUACCUCAUUAUCCCUACACCCCACAAACCAGUUCAGCAGUGAAUCCAUACCGAAUUGUACUGAUGCGUCAUUAAAUGCUUGCUCAAUCACCAGCUCUCUCCCUCUGCCAUCCAUCACCUCAUCUGACUCCCAAAGUUUUAGUGCAGACGAUGACAUGAACACAAACUGCAGUGAAAAUGCUUCGAUUGUGAAAGAAAAACCAAAAAUGAAUUACAUUUGUACCCAAGAUGAAACUGAUGCCGCUGUGUCGUCUCUGUUGAUAACGGAGGAAGACACACAGCAUUCAAUGUCGAACGGGUCAGAUGCUGAUGUUCCCAUCACAACCAUUGUAAGCUCUGCUGACGAGACUGCAGCAGCCAUAUCGGCUAUAGAAGGAAUGCUAGAGGAAGAACCAGAAAGUGAGGAAGAUAACAUUCCCAUGGAAGAAGAUGUCAUACAACCAAUGGAAGACACACCCAUGGAAGAAAGCUCAGCUUCUACAGAGGAAAAGGAGUUACCAGAAACCUUUGGUAUUAUACCUGAAAAUGCUGAGAGUGUAGAAAGCAAGACAAAAGAAAUAACCGUAAAUGGAGUUUUGAAUUCUCCCGAGGAAAAUGUUAUUCCCUCUCCGACAGAAGAGCAGAAUCAUAUCAGUAAUGGGAUUAGUGAAAGUGAAUCUGAGGAGGGCUUUAAAACCUCCAAACUUAUGAUGGACAAAAUUGCCAUGGAAAAACUAACCAAAAUUAAUGGUAUUGACAAACAUAUAGGGAAUGGGAGUGUUAACCAUAUAGGCAUUGAUUCAUCAGUGAAAGGAGACAAGAUGGAGUUGAAGGAUAGCUCUGUUAAUGGUGAAGUGAUUCAGGGAGAAAUAGAUCAAGCAAUUAGUGGCAUUCUAGAGAAUGGUACUUCAGUGAACAUCUUGGAAAAUGGAAGACCAAUUGAAACAAAAUGUUAUGAACUGGCAGGAGAAUCAGAAACAGAAGAUGUCGUGGCAGUGGAAGAGGAGGAGGAGGUGUUGAUUGAAAAUGAAAUGUGCCUGCAGCCAACCACAGCUGUAGUCGAUCAAACACAUCCAGGGGUUGUAGAGCCAGAAAAGGGAGAAGGGACUGGAAUCAGCACAGAGGUGGGCAGUAGAGCAGACGACAGUCAAAAAGUGAAUGGUACAAAGCCAACAACUGAGCAGCUGGAAGAAAAUGGUGAUGAGUGUAAAUUGCAGGUGGAUGAAUGUGUGGACAUUCUCAAGGCUGCAAUAGAGUCCGAGAAAAUUGAUGAAUGUGUGUUAAAUGGAGACAGUAAUGACUCUCUUCCCCCUGGGACUAUUUACCCAGGGGAAAUUCAAAUCAGUGCUCCUAGUAUACCUAUUGGCAAUGAAAUGACUGCAACUGCAGUGGGUUCUAAUAACAUUAGCCUCAUCCAAAAUGUUUUCACCAAUGUCCAGACAGUGCAGACAGGCCUAGUGGUCGGGACCAUUGUCAGUGUCAACAACAACCUUCUUACCACUGCUACAGUUCCACUGACCAUCCCUGACAACAUUGUUGGUAGGAAGAUGGGUAUUGAGAUGUGUCCAGAACGUCAUGUUCCAACCCCAGAGGCAUCCCGGGAUGCUGAACUCAGUUGUGAUAGCAUAGCUUCUACACUGACAGACUCGUCAGAAAAACAUUCCAUUACAUUUCAACAACCCAUUCUCAGUGUCCAGAAUUUCCCUACAAAUGUUCUCAAUGUGCAACCCAUGCCAGUCAACAAAAAUCAGCAAUACAUAACCACCGUCAUUACCACAACUCCCAAACAGACCUCCCCCAGGACUCGAGAUAAACGAGCCAAGAAACGGAGUCGAAAUGCGUCAUCAGGAAGUGCAGACUCCAGGUGCUCAAAUUCCUCAUCAACGAUCACUCAACAGAUGGCUCCACCCCCUCCAUCACCAGACUUCAUCUGCGAAUGGCAAGGCUGCAAACAGUGCUUUGAGAAUUUUAAGACUGUGUUUAGGCAUGUCUUAGACUCUCACUUAAAAACAGAAUGGGAAGGCUAUUGCCGAUGGGAAGGCUGUGAAAGAUUACAGAGGAAGAAGUGGUCUCUAGUUACUCAUGUACAGGACCAUCACUGCUCAGAAAAUGCUCUAAAAUCCUCGGCAAUGAGGCGGAAACAGAGUCAACAAAGUGGAACUUCCAUUGCCCCUCAAACAGUUCCGGCAUUAGUGUACCCCACUGAUGCAGCCUGGCAAGCCAUCCGAAGAUUUUCUCCAAAACCACCCUAUCCAGAAUUUACAGAAGCCCGAGAAGGACCGGUAACAAAGCACAUCCGUCUAACAGCAGCUUUAAUCCUCAGGAACCUGGCCAGAUAUUCGGCACCGGGAAGAAGCUUGAUAAAGCGGUACGAGCGGAGAAUCAGUUACUCAGCCAUGAGCGCGUUAGAGUCCUCUAAUGCUCUGGCCAACUGUCUGUUUGAAAUUCUACAUGAUCAUUGACCACAGGCGGGAUAUAGAGAGAAAGAAACUGUGAUCUUCACGUUUAUUUUGUAGUUACCUCCCCCUUGUUUGUAAGCAAUGUAAAAUGGCAUUAGUUGGCAGCUUUGUAUUUAGUUCUAAAAUGAAAUCUGUAUUUAUGAAAUCUUAAUUAAGUCUUCAAAAGACAACAGAAAGAAACUCAUUUAAGGUCUGUUUUUCUCAGUCAGAUCUUUGGUGGUGUGUAUGAAUAAGAAAUAUGUAUAUGUACAUGUAUUUAGUCCUGAAAGUGCAAUGAAUCAUGCUCUGCUGAUAAAGUUAGAUUCUUUGAAUUUAUUUUACUUAUCGCACAUGAUUUUUUAUUCUUUUGCAAAAUCAAGUUCAGAACUUUUUAAAAAAUAUUGGCACUUGCCUUGUUUGGUCUGCCAGAGUCAAAUGAGUUGAUAUGAAAGUAUCAAUUUGGUAUGAGUAGGAAAUGUGCAUAAUAAAGUAUGAAUAUGAAGAUGAUAUUCACAAGGUCUUUAUUUUUAAGUGUGUAAAGUGUAACCUGCUCUGUAAAUGCUUGUGACAAUGGGGUUUUCAUGGACUAAAACAUAUCACAACUUAACAUGUUUCUUGUAUCCAUUGUGUUCAUAUCCACCUGCUUAGUACCUGCUAUCUCUGUCAAAUAUUUUUAUUCUGUGUUUUCUCUUUUGCUCCAAAAUAAUCAUUUUAUCAUGAGUCAUGGAGUUUUACCAGUCUGUGUUCACAUUAUUGUGUGUCUUUUUAAAAAAAACUAUUUGUGAAAAAUGUGUAUAAAAUCCAGAUUUCUAUUUAUUGUUGACCUUGUGUAUAGACCUGAUCAGUCAUAAGAGAUGAUGAAUAAUACAAGAACAUCAUUCCAUCUGUCUAGCUGUAGUCUGAAUGUGUAAGAUUGGAUUGUAAGUAUUACUGAAACAUUAUUUAUAGAUAUUACAGAAAAGUUAUUUUGCAUUUCAGAUUUUCACAUGCAUUUGUUGUAGUAAAAAUUUCUUUGAUUGAACAGAUCAACUGUUUAAAAGAAGAGGAAAAGUUUAAAAUAAAUAUGUAUAAAGAUA